AUGCAGCAAACAAGCGGCGAAAGACAAGAGACCAGAACCGAUUCGUCUCUCAACAAGAACAGCCUCGAGCCGCAGUUCAGACAACACUACCAGCAUCAUUGCGAUCUGCGAUCAGACCUUCGCGGACAAGACAUUCUGCACUUGGAUACCAUAAUGGAUGAUACGGCAUUCAAUCUUAUGCCAGAGACACAAGUCGGAGAGCCAAGUGUGAUUGAUGGCUCAUCUGACGAUCAGAAAAACCGGGCUCAAGAUGCGACCUAUUUCAUGCCACACGCCGCCGAGGUCCGAAGUCUUCAAGAUCAGGUCAUCCAACUACACAUGCAGUUCGAGGAUUACGAGACCGAUAUUUCCAAACUCGAAACUGACAUUGCCCAUGUCGAAAAUGGCUUUGUCCAUAUCGAAACUGACAUUGCCUGUGUCAGAACUGAGAUUGCCUGUGUCGCAAAGAUGGUCGAGGAUGCUGAGCGCCAGCGAACCGAGAUGCAACAGUCGUAUCAGCGCGAUGUUUCCAAGCAUGUGGCACACAUCAACAAGCUUGAUGGUAAGAUUCGUCAUCUCAAAGCGCAGGUUGCAUCCCUCAAGGCAGUCAAGUCACAAGACAAGGCCAUUGCCAAUUCGCGAAAAGUUUCAGACGACGUCAUCAAAGCCAGCUGGAGAACAAUGACAUACAACAUCAGAAGCCUCGUUGCCACCAUCCUUACCGGCCACUCUUCUCGGCAUGAUCUGGACCAUCAUGGUCACGAGGACAAAGAGGAGUCUUGUGCUUUUUGCCAACUUGAUGCACGCCAAAUCUUGCUUCUCCAAAAUGACGACAUAAGAGAAAGCGUCGUCGAGAAGCUCGUUUGGGACGCUGUUGUUAGCCGCAUAUUCUCACCCAAUGGAGUUCGCUUUGGCAGAAAUUGGGCCGGGACUCCAGGCCAGUUACUAUCUGCUCUCUUCAACCAGUUGCUUGAAGUGCCUGAGAUGAGCAACAACCCCACCAUGCUAUUUCGAUGGAAGGCUGAGAGCGCCGUCAUGAUGGACAAGGUCAUCGGCUUCAACAACAAAGAGCUCAAUAGUAUCGUCGACAAAGAAUACCGGGGCCUCUGCGCAUUCAUUCCCCACGACUGUCCCAACAUUACAGUCGCGCGAAAGAGCCUUCAUCAGGAGCUCCGCAACAUUUUCAAGGAAGCGACCGAGAUACACCGAAUCUUGAUGCAAUCCCGCGCCUACUUCUAUAUCGAUCCGGUUAUUGCUGAAGACACUGUUCAUUAUAACCCGGAGUAUCAUGAAGCCGAGGUAUAUGAGACGGAGCUGAGCUCAAAGAGCACCGUCCUGCUCGGGAUUUCACCGAGUCUGGUCAAGUGCGGAAAUGCCGACGGGGGCAACUACGACAAGAGCAACCGGCUGGUCAAGGCAUCGGUAAUCUGCGACUAG